AUGCUGCGACAACGGAUGGGGGACACCAUCGUCAUCGCGCAAGGAUCGUGCCGCGAGCCGAUUGUGGCUGAGCUGCGAACACCUCGCAUGAUUGGCGACCAACGCCUCACCGUGAUCUCCCAGUCAGCCACUCACGCGCUUGACUCCGUUUUUUCCUUCAAUGAUCGGCGCAGUCUGGUGGCUUGGGCCUACCCAGGAAAUGUGACCACGGCACUGGGCCUGCUUAGUCUAGAUCGACUAAGCAAGUUCAGUGCGAUCUAUGAGAAGCAGAUCCUUGCAACCCCACGCACUGACAGCAGGAUCAAGCCAUUUUCCCCUUCCGACCGCACUGAAAUUUUCUCCUUCGGCACCCUGGAAAUUCGCGGAAUGACUUUACCGCGCUGCUGA